CAGCGGCGUAUUGGGUUUCAAGGGUGUUGCAGUUUGAUUCAGCGCAAUUUCGUAAUUCGGCAGCAUCGCUGAAGAAGGAAGUGCAGCCAUGGCGCAGGGGCUAAAGGAAAGAUUUGAAAAGUUUCUCCAUGAAAAAAAUCUCAUGACAGAUUUGCUGGAGAAGAUCGAGACAAAAACCGGAGUGAGCAGGACGUACAUCGCUCUGGCUGUCAUCCUUAUCAUCGCAGUUUACUUGGUCAUCGGUUACGGAGCCUCGCUGCUGUGUAACCUCAUCGGCUUUCUUUAUCCAGCCUACAUAUCAAUCAAGGCCAUUGAAAGUGCCACCAAAGACGAUGACACCAAGUGGCUCACCUACUGGGUGGUGUACGGACUCUUCAGUGUGGCAGAGUUCUUUGCUGAUAUCUUCCUCUCCUGGUUUCCAUUCUACUAUAUUGGAAAGUGCGCCUUCUUAGUGUGGUGCAUGGCUCCGACUCCCUCGAACGGCUCAGUCCAGAUUUAUAACCGCAUCAUCCGACCGUUCUUCCUCAAGAACGAAGCCAAGAUCGACGACGUGGUGAAGAACCUGAAGGACAAGGCGUCUGAAGCUGCCGACAAGUUCAAAGAUGAGGCCAAGAGAGCCACAGCAAACAUCAUCUUUGAGGAGAAGAAGAGCUCCUAAGAGGCUUCCUGUCCGCAGCGUCAUCUCUGGAGCUGGUUCUGUGAAUGAUGAAAUGUUGCCUUGAAAAUGGUUGUUUUUUAGUUCAAAACCUAAUCUUCAUUCACUCUGUAUUAGAUGUUACACAUGUACCACGUGUCUCAGUUAAAGCCAUUCCCCCCUCGGUUUACUUAUUUAACUUUGCUUUCUGGAGGGCUGACAGAUAACUGCUGGCCCUGAUUCGCUUCAUGAACCAAAAUAAAGACAGACUUGCUGAA